AUGACCUCUGUGGUCGUGGGCGUAGACAGAGACUCGUGUACUACCUCUGUGGUCGUUGACAUAUGCAGAGACCCGGAGAUGACCUCCGUGGUCGUGAGCAUGUACAGAGACUUGGAAACGACUUCCGUGGUCAUGUACAAGGGCAGAGAAUCAGAGACGACCUCCGUGGUUGUAUACAAGGGCCGAGACUUGGAGAAGACCUCUGUGGUAGAGGACAUGGGCAGAGACUUAGAAACGACCUCCGUGGGAGAAGGAAUCACCUCCAACUCAUCAGUAAACAUCUCCCUAUACCCUUCAAUCCCAUCAAAACUUUCUCCUCCUGCUGCACCUUCACCCUGUACCACACAAACCCCUUGCAAGAAUAUUACCCAAUAUAUCACUCAGCCUCCUGUUGUUGCACGGCAUAAGAUAUAUUGGAAUCAGGAGAGUCCCUGUGAGGGUCAGCUGUAUCUCUCAUCCUCUAAAGAGCAUGAUGUCCCUUUGUGUUCCAGAAGUCACUUGAAAAGCAAGUGGCUGAAUGACAUGUGUAAGGACAGAAGAUGUGGAGCCUUUGAAGGAUUUAAGUCCACAAAACGAACUGAAGGUUAUCAUCUCUCAAGCAAUAUGACAGUGAGCAACGCUUCCUGUUUUGGUGUGCAUAUCACUUGCCAAGAUACUCUUAGAAGAGAGUUGGCUGUUUAUAAGGCAGUAACUGGCAUAUUACUUUUCUUGAUCCUGAGUGUUAUUCUGCUUCAGUUUGGCCGGCCGACGUACAAAGCCAUCCACAAAAGAUUUUCAAAAAAACGGCAGAAUCGAUGGAUUGGUCCAACUCAGAGUCAGAGUGUGUCCUAUCACAGAGGUCAAGCUGGCAGUAACCCAAACAACAACACAUUAAAGGGGCCUUCCUUUCCAGGUUUGGACAGGCUGACUGUAAACCCUAGCAGAGAGCCCUCGUCUAACAGAAACAGUGACUAUGACUCAUUUGGCUACAAUUGAAGGCCUGUAACACAAAAGACCUAACUGAUUUGAAUGCAGAGCUCUGUGUCCACGCCUAGACAUCAGUCUCAUCUACAAGCAACCGUCUUAUGCUAUAAGGCUUCAGUUGGUUUUGAGCUGCCAUUUGGCAUGUCUUGGGAUUUGUAAAUAUGUUUGAGAAGUACAGUUAUGGAAUUAGUUUGAGUAAAUCAAAUUGGUCACAUCCACAAAAGCAGUUGCUUUGUUAUGCAUUGCAGGAUUCAUUAAUUUUUUUUCAAAUAGCUUAUUUUGCUUUGUACACUGUAAAAAGUGAUACAGGCAGAUGUUACCUGAUUUUUACCUGAUCUGACUUUUCAUAAAUCAUAAAUAAUAUUUGAAAAGAUGUUACCACAUGAAGCACAAUUUUUAGGUCAUAAAAAAAAAUGCACUGUGUAUUUUUGUUGUCGUUUUGUAAAUAGCCAGACACCAAAUGGGAUUUUGCUCUUGUAAGAUGUGUAAUGAUAGACUUGAGCAAAAAUCUGAUGAACUGGUGGAAAAUGUGGCAUUUUGUUUAUUUAUACAAGUGGUUGAUUUUGGAGUUGGUUUGUGAACAUUUUAAAAUAAACCAUGA